GAAGCAUUCCAUAAAAACUAGUGUCCUCACUUUGUAAGGUGUCCAGUGCAACUGUGAAAGGCUUUAUAAUGGUAUCUAUUUGAGUAACUGAUAUUUCCUGUGGUUCAUACAUUUAUUCUGAAGCUGUGUGCAGAGAUUAUUAAUGUCAGUAAGAGGCGUUUCUGUGAUCCAAGCACUGGCGUCACAGAUUGAGUUCCAGGCACAAAUAAAUAAAAUUUCACCAGUCAACUUAGAAGUUCCAUUUUGCAACAUCAUUGCAAAAUGCCUCUCCUAUGCAAACCGUUACAUUACAAAGUAAGCAACACAUACACCUAGCAGUUUUAGCUGUUCUAACCUCUGACAAAAUGCACAUACAAACUGCAUCUAUAACUUUUUGGAGGCUAGUGCAGUCUAGGAGAUCUGUGUGGGUACACGAGACCCUCAGAAAAAGGAAACAACGCAGGGAGUACCACCACUUGGUCCAGGAGCUUCGCCUUGCUGCUGGUUGAUUUAAGGCUUAUUUUAGGAUGAGUAGGGGUCAGUUUGACAACCUGCUGUCAAUCGUCGGGCCUAGCAUCACAAAAAUUAUCACCAACUACAGAGAGUCCAUCGGUCCUGCCGAGUGGCUGAGCAUUUGUUUGCGAUUUCUAGCCACUGGAGAUUCGUACAGAACAAUUGCAUUCAGCUACAGGGUUGGAUUCUCUACCAUGGUGGGCAUUGUGAAAGAGGUGUGUGAGGCAAACUGGUCAUGUCUGGUUGGAGAAUACAUGCCAUUUCCUGAAAUGGAGGAGUGGAAGGCCAUUGUGGAGGACUUCCAGAAAUUGUGGAAUUUUCCAAAUUGUGUUGGAGCAAUUGAUGGAAAACAUGUCACAAUCCAAGCUCCAGCAAAUAGUGGCUCACAGUUCCACAACUACAAAGGCUCCUUCUCUAUUGUCCUCCUGGCUGUGGUGGAUGCCAGAUAUCGCUUCAGGAUGAUUGAUGUGGGAGCAUAUGGUAAGAGCAGUGAUGGAGGUACACUUUCCUCAUCAAACUUUGGCCAAGCAUUCCGUCAUGAUGCCCUCGACCUCCCACCAGAUGCACCUCUUCCAGGAGCUGAAGGAGCCAUGCCCUUUGUUUUUUGUGGCAGACGAAGCAUUUCCUCUGCAGAAGAACAUGAUGAGGCCGUUCCCUGGACACAACUUGUUAUCCGAGCAGAGAGUCUUUAAGUACCGGCUGUCUCGAGCCCAGAGGAUGGUGGAGUGUGCCUUCGGCAUCCUGGCUUCGCAGUGGUGACUGCACAGGCGAGUCCUUGGAGUGUCACCUGAAGUUGCUGAAGUCGUGGUGAAGGCAACCUGCAUUUUGCCCAAUUUCAUUCGCUGGCAUACUGCUGAUGAAGAGGACCUGAGCAGCACAGCCUUGUGCACUGAACCAUCAGCUGGGAUGCAGGGUAUCACCCAGGUUGGCAGCAACAACGCCUCUAGAGAAGCGCUGGCUGUGAGAGAGAAGUUUACCACCUAUUUCUCCUCCUCUGCUGGUGAAGUGUCCUGGCAGCAUGUAGCUGUGUCUUAACUCACCUUCUACCAUAUGAAGACACAAUAUCAAUAUGAAAACAUAGGCUUUUUAAGAGCUACUUCUAUAUUCAGUGAGAGAAAGUAAAUCCAAACAGCACAUUAAUAAAACAUCAACAUAUUGUGUAUUGUUUUUUGUGAUUAGAUGUGUUUCAUCAACAGCAAAUAUGCUGGCAGGUAGACUAUAGUACAGACAAAAUGAUGAAGACAUAUCAGGUGAUAUUGAACUCAAUCUCUUUAAUAUUUUAAUGUCAAGUAAUGCAUACAAAACUAGUAUUUACAGUAUUACAUAAUAUAAUCAAGAAUGCUAUUAAUUUAGUUAUUAAAUAGUUUUAAAUUUAGAAAUAAUCAUUUAAAUAAUAAAUAAUUUAAAGGAUUUAAAUUAAAAUGU